AUGGCGGAUGUGAAGACGAUUGGUGAUACUAACCAGGGUGGUACUUGUCCAUGUUGGUGCGGUGGUGGUGCUGACCACCGGCGAGACCACGACCACCUGGGUGCUUGCGGUGCUUGCCGACACGACCGUUACCGGCAGAGACGUGUCCACGGUGCUUUCGGGUCUUGGAGAGUAUUCAAGAUGGGACGACGACCUGCUCGCUGCUACCGCUACUGCAAGAACAAGCCGUUCCCCAAGUCGAGGUACAACCGUGGUGUGCCCGACCCCAAGAUCCGCAUCUACGAUCUUGGCCGUAAGAAGGCUUCCGUCGAUGACUUCCCCUUCUGCGCCCACCUCGUCUGCGACGAGCACCAGCAGAUCACCUCGGAGGCUCUAGAGGCUGCCCGUAUCUGUGCCAACAAGUACAUCACCAAGACCUCGGGUAAGGACUCGUUCCACCUGCGUGUCCGUGUCCACCCCUUCCACGUUAUCCGCAUCAACAAGAUGCUUUCGUGCGCUGGUGCCGAUAGGCUCCAGACCGGUAUGCGUGGUGCUUACGGCAAGCCCUACGACACCGUUGCCCGUGUCAACAUUGGCCAGAUCCUUCUUUCGGUCCGCACUCGUGACAGCAACAAGGCUGUUGUCCUCGAGGCCCUCCGCCGAUCGCGAUACAAGUUCGCUGGUCGCCAAAAGAUCAUCAUCUCGAAGAAGUGGGGUUUCACCAACAUGAACCGCGAGCAGUACGCCGAGGCCAAGCAGUCGAACCGUAUCCUCAAGGACGGCUGCUACCUUCAGUACAUCAACAACCACGGUCCCCUCGAGCAGAACCUCCGCCUCCAGGCCCGUGUUGCCGCCCAGAAUUUGUCGUGUCAUCGUCUCAACCGCACGAACAGCGAGCAUCGAGAUAGUCUGAGCAGCGAGAAGCAGCAUGUUUUCUCGAUCGGCGCAAUGGAGGAGCCGCUUUCCCAACCCGAGCUCCUCCAGCGAUCUUCUCGAACCAGAUCGCCGCAUAUACCGACCGCCGACAUGUCAGACCUCAGCGACGAGUACCUACUCGACGACGAUGUCGAGGACACCAUGGACGAGGACUCGACGUACGGCUACGAUGAUGCUGUCGACUCGGAAGAAGAUGAGGACGAGCUCGGCUUUGGCGUAGCAGACGACGCCUUUGCAGCUCCCGACUCGGCGACCGAACGCUCAAAGAGCUACGAAGUCGACUACAAGUCACAUACCGUCGCCUCAAUCGAGGAAGCGCAGCACAAGGAAGUCGAGCAGAUCGCCAGCAUGUUUAUGAUCAAGGAUACCGACGCUGCCAUCCUCCUCCGCCACUUUGGCUGGAACAAGGAGCGUCUCAUCGAGCGUUACAUGGAGUCAUCCGACAAGGUCAAUCUCGAAGCAGGCGUUCACGAAGAUCCAUCACGUCCAAAGCUACAAAGGCUUGCGGGCUUCACAUGCGAAGUUUGCUUCAUGAGCUCCGACGAUAUGCCGGGCGCAAAGAUGGAGACGCUGGCGCUCGCCUGUGGCCAUCGCUACUGCCGCGACUGCUACCAGCAGUACCUUGAGCAAAAGAUCAAGUCGGAAGGCGAGUCGAGGCGCGUGCAGUGCAUGCGCGAGAAGUGCAAUCUCGUGAUCGACGAGGGCACCGUCGGUCUGGUGGUCGAGCCCAAGGUGUUCGAGCGAUACAAGAUCCUGCUCAACCGCACCUACGUCGACGACAGCAGCAUCCUGCGCUGGUGUCCCGCUCCCAACUGCGAGCUCGCUGUCGAGUGCCACGUUUCGAACAAGGAGCUCAGCAAGGUGGUGCCCUCGGUUGCCUGCGACUGCGGCCAUGCCUUUUGCUUUGGCUGUGGCAAUGCUGCGCACGCACCAGCCAUCUGUCCCGUUGCGAAGCUGUGGCUCAAGAAGUGCGAGGACGAUAGCGAGACGGCCAACUGGAUCUCUGCCAACACGAAGGAGUGCCCCAAGUGCACCUCGACCAUCGAGAAGAACGGAGGAUGCAACCACAUGACUUGUCGCAAGUGCAAGUACGAAUGGUGCUGGAUCUGCGCUGGCCCAUGGACCGAGCACGGCAACUCGUGGUACAACUGCAACCGGUUCGACGAGAAGAGCGGUGCUGAAGCGCGCGACUCGCAGGCCAAGUCGAGAGCGCAGUUGGAGCGAUACCUGCACUACUUUAACCGUUUCGCAAACCACGAGCAGUCUGCCAAGCUGGACCGUGAUCUGUACGGGCGCACAGAGAAGAAAAUGGAGGAGAUGCAGGUGUCGUCGGGUCUCACGUGGAUCGAGGUGCAAUUCCUCAAGAAGGCCGUCGACACGCUCACCGAGUGCCGCAUGACGCUCAAGUGGACCUACUGCAUGGCGUACUAUCUGGCGCGCGACAACAUGACCGAGCUGUUCGAGGACAACCAGCGUGAUCUCGAAAAGGCGGUGGAAGACCUUUCGGAGCAGCUCGAAAAGCCGAUCGAGCCAAAGACGAUCCCGGAGCUGCGGCAGAAGGUGACCGAUCUGACUGUGUAUGUGCAGAAGCGCCGGGGUAUCUUGCUCUCGGACACCGCCGAAGGGUUCCAAGAGGACCGAUGGCACUGGAACAUCGCUAUCUGA